AUGCAGGAUCCGUUAAUCUACACGUUAAGGUUGGAAGUCGAGAAUGGUACAAGAACAGAUUAUUCGAUGAAGAAUGAUGGAGCUGUGAUGGUAGGAACAAGAUUGUAUGUACUUGGAGAUGAAGCUCUAAAGAGGGAAAUUCUUGAGAAGGCCCACUCUUCGGCCUUUGCCAUGCAUCCUGGUAGCACAAAGAUAUACCGCACCCUGAGAGAACAAUACUGGUGGCCUUUCAUGAAGAAGGAAAUAGCAAAAUAUGUCAGUAAGCGUUUGAUAUGUCAACAAGUCAAGGCAGAAUGGCAGAAACCAUUGGGGUUACUGCAACCACUUUCAAUUCCUGAGUGGAAGUGGGAGCACAUUACUAUGCACUUUGUGUUCAAGCUUCCUCGGACACGGAGCAAUCAUGAUAGAGUGUGGGUAAUAGUUGAUCAACUCACCAAGUCCGCUCAUUUUCUGCCAGUGAAAGCGACUUAA